GUUCUUGUCAAACCCACUCCUCCUUGAAACUGACUCCCACACCACGUAAACUCCACAAACUGACGCUGUCAUGUUGGUUCAGGUCGCUCUAACUUUCCCCCACUACACACAAUCAUCCAAACUGUCAAUACCAGCUUUUUUCUAUACUACUAACAAGGCUUAACAUUAGUAUUAGGUUGUUGUUGUUGUGUUUCUAUAGUAGGAUCAGAAAGAACCCAUCAAGAAGACAGAAACUUUGAAACAUGUUUUUUACAUUGUUUGGGUGGAGAAAAGCUUCCAAGUGCAAGAGGCUGAUGAAGCAAGUUCAAUACCGGAUUAACCUAUUGAAGACGAAGAGGCAUUCAAUUGUUAAGCAGUUAAGGGAAGAUGUUGCUCAGCUCAUUAAGGCCGGCUAUGAAAAUAUUGCAUUUAAUAGGGCUGAGCUUCUUUUCAAAGAUGAAAAUAUUGUAGCGAUUUAUGAAUUAUUGGAUGGUUUCUGCGAAUUUAUCGUUGCCAACCUGUCAUAUAUCCGCUGGAACAAGGAUUGUCCUAAUGAUGUCAAUGAAGCAGUUUCAACUCUUAUAUUUGCCUCUGCAAGAUGUGGGGAUAUACCAGAGCUUCGUGCUGUUCGGAAGAUCUUUGGACAGCAUUAUGGCCAAAGAUUUGAAAAGACAGCUCUUGAACUAUUGCCUGGGAACCUUGUUAAUUUUCAGGUAAAAGAGAGACUUUCUAUUCUGUCAGUUCCUGAUGAUGUGAAGCAAAGAUUGGUGGAUAAGAUUGCUAAAGAUUACUGCCUCCGACCAGAGAUUUUGGCUCUUGAAUACGCUUCCGAGCUGCAGCAGCAGGAAGAGGAACAUAGAGAUGUUCAAAAUGAUGGCAGUAAAAUAGAAGAAUCUAAGAGGGAAGUUUUAGAUGGCAACGAUCUAGAAGGGAAGGCUAUAUACAUUGAUUCAAGGUCAACAAGCCGAAGUUCAACAACAUCAACUCACUCUGGUCAGAACAGUCAUACAAGCAGUGGUUCCAUUAAUUCUUCUAUAGCUCAGCAAUCUUCACCUGAUACACUGGAAUCUCCGAUGUGCAACAAGGCAGAGAAAGAGGACAAUUUUGCAGAACUGCAUUCACCAUCAAAAUUUAAAGUGGUUGCUUUAAGCACUGAAGAAAGUCAGGUGGCUAGUAGUGAUUACUCUACCACCUCAAAACACAAGGAAGAGAGAAAGAUGGCAGGAACUUCUUCAGAGAGUCUGCCUCAGUUGCCAGAGGAGAUGAUAGUCUAUCUUGAUGAUGUAGAGGAGGUUCAAUCCAUCACAAAAGAAGGUAGCUGCCAGGACAAGAGAAUUUUCAAGUUCAAAUCAUCUCGGUUCCUGCCUAAAAAAGAAAAAGUUGAAGACAGUUGCGAUGUAAAACAUAUGGAUCAGUAUGAAUCAGGGAGUGAGAAGUCAAGUUCAAGGAGCUCUAGAAGGAAUACAAAUGUUAAAAGAUCAAGAAGGAGAUCGAUAUCUCAAGAACAUUCAAGUGCUGAGGAUAUCCAAUGCAUGCUUUAUUACAACAAACCAAGCAAAAGAUACACAACUGAUCCCAAGCACAAAUCACAGCUUCCCAGUAAGCAUCAAAAGAAUACUGCAAUAGGAAAGAGUGAAGAAACAUGUGAUGCAGAGAAGAGGCAAAAACAACCUCACUACUCCAACCACUGCUGCUUAAACCAUCCCUGUUACUUCUGCACCAAUGAUGGCAGAGUUGCUCAUGAGGUUCCACUUUGGAACGAAAAGAGACUCCUCACUGUUGUUCAUCAUUGCCACUGUCCCACAAUUGGAGAAUCAGAUGCAGAAAUGGAACGGUAUGCCUUCCCUCAUCAGCCGCGGAGAAAAAGCUGUGAAUUUGGUGCUUCCGCGUGUGAUUUUUUUACCAGCCAAGAUUGGCAGCCUGAUCAGCAAAGGAAACGAAAUUCUACAUGCAGCAACGUUUCUUCUGCAUAUCCAUGCCCCAAACCAACUAGUUCAUUGACAGGAAAAGAACCAAAGGCUCCUUAUCUAAGAGCCAUGACAAUGCCCCAAGAAAGGUCCAAGUACAGUAACAGAGAAAAUGUUGAAAGGUGCAGUUCAUUUCCCAUUGAAUCUCCCAUUCAUGUCCACCCUAAGUUGCCAGAUUGUGAUGAUAUAGCAGCUAAGUUCACAGCUCUCAAGAGAGAACAUGCAAAGAACACACACACAUAGACAGAUUGAACUAGGUUGUAACAACAAUGCACUUGUUUUGAGUUAUUUGAAGGAUUUUCUAUUUCUACCCCA